AUGGUUUCCGACCUUAACCUCAAAAAGUCUUGGAAUCCGAGGCUGUUGAAGAAUAGAACCAAGGUAUGGGAAAAAGAGCGCGAGCUGCUUUUGAAGAGAAGAGAAGAUACCGUUCACAAAGAUGCCAAUAACGAAAUGCCCGUGAAAUUCAAUCAACCUAAAUCGUUACGGAUUGAUUGGAUGUACAAAAAUCCUGUUGAACAUCAGUCAAGCGGUGAAAAUAGUUGCAAAAAGAAUGAUCAUCUUAGCAAACUUCCAAUCCAACGAAGCAAACAAACAAACAUAGAAGAACAAACUUAUGUUCGACAUAACUCAUCAGAUUUUUCAAUCAAGGAACCUGCAAACGGUAUUGACAACACAUUGCUGGAAAAUGACCCGAUUAAUCUUAUAAGUAAAACACGAUCUCUACGAUAUCAACAUCAGAAAUCAGAACGUAAAAGUGAUGACUCUUCGAAAAUUACAAAGGCUCGAUUGAGUCGCAAAAAGCGCUAA